UGUAACUAAACCUCAGUUGAUUCCCGUAGCGUGACAUCUAUCUGCACCACACCACGCGAACCGCUAUUUGCGACCAUCCGGGAGCGAGCAUGGCGAAAAUGCCCGAGCCGUCCUGGGCCAUUAUAGCUUUAAGCCUGACCUUCAUAUAUGGCUGUGUGACUUGUUGCAGCGGAUGAAGAACAAGGCCAACGCUCUUCAUUGCAUUCAUACCAAAAGUUGUGCAACACUGUAAAUGAUACCAUCAUGGACCCUUCACAGCUCAGUCAGUUGGAUUUGAACAACUUGGAUCCAUCGGUUCUGGCAGCACUGGCAAACUAUCCUGCCUUGCCUCCUCCCAAUGGUCAAGUAUCAAACUUCGACGCGCCUGCGCCUGACGCCACGACACUAUGGGUGCUUGGUGUAGGCUCAACGGUCGUUGCAUUCUGCUUCGUGGUCAUGCGACUGUGGGCGAAGCGCGUCAUACAAAAGCUAAGACUAUCAUGGGAUGAUUUUGCUUGCAUACUUGCCAUUAUCGCGGCUAUCGCUCACGAAUGCGUCACCCUAAAAAACCUUGACUAUGGACUGGGCAAGCACAUGUGGAACAUUCGGGCACUCUCGUUCUCAACAUCAGGGCUUCUCACCAUGACUGCUGCCAAUCUCAUCGUCUCGAUCAACAUGUUCCUGGUCCGGGUCUCCGUUCUUGCUCUCUAUCACCGUUUGUUCGAAGUGUAUCACACCUCCCGGAAACUCAUCUACGUGGGCUAUGUUCUCUCCGUGCUCAUCGUUGUUCCCGAAGUGGGCGUAAGCAUUGCUCGAAUGGCCAAAUGCAAUACUUUCAUUGCCUCCAUGAUGGACCCCUAUUGUGGCGCUGAGUCGACGAGCGCACCAGUCAUUGCCUUCGCGGUUGCCGGUGUGCUUACCGACCUGUUCAUUUACUCCAUUGCAAUCACUCGUGUACGCAAUCUGCAGGUGAACAGGACCAAGAAAUACUACCUGUGCUUUGUCUUUGCCAUGGGCUUCCUUGCUUGCGUGGCCGGCGUUGCGAACUUCAUUUUCAGCGCCAUUCAUUUCGCCCUCACAGAUCAACUCUGGUUCGCACUCUGGGUUGUCAUUUUCAAGAUCCUCGAAGCAAACAUCGCUCUAGCAUGUGCCUGCGCAACCUUCCUUCCCGCAUUCUUCAAGGCCCAGAAACCCAUCAUAAGCUCGAUUGGCUCGGCCCUCCGCAUCCGCAGCAGCCACGGCUCAUCCGCUGCCAGCAAGACGAGCAAGGGUAGCGUGAGCUCCGAGUCGAGGGGGACUCGCGAUUCGAGUGAGAAUAACUUGAUAUAUCCGCCCAAGGCGCUUCAGUUAGAUGAUCUUAUGAGGACGGAGAAAGAUAUGUAUCGGUAUGAUUCGCGAAUCGAUGUGUAGGAGUCAAGCAUGCGGGUCCAUGUUUCGGUAGAAAUUUGUCACUGCAAAUUGUACCUACCAGUUCUAAUAAUGAGUG